ACUAAAUUUUCGUUAGCUCGAUUAAUGUGCUUCAGAAUGUUGCUGUCAACGUAUUUUCUAUUUUGGAUACACUGUUUUUUGUAUAUCAACAUUGCCUUUGGAGAUAAUCAGGAGUGUGGUGUUCAAGUAACCAAAUGUGAAGAUAACGACAAAUACAGAAGUAUAGAUGGAACAUGCAAUAACAAGAAGCAUCCCAGUUGGGGAACUGCAGGUUCAACGUAUAUUAGAAUGUUGCCACCUAACUAUGGAGACGGCCAACAUUCGCUUCCUCAAACUCCUGACAAACAACCCUUACCAAAUGCCAGAAAUAUAACGGCACUUAUAUAUACAGAUGGUCUGUUAGAGACUUGUGAAGAAGUAACAUUAAAUGCCAUGGCAUUUGGGCAAGCUGUCGCACAUGAUCUUAGUUUUAUGGCACCUGCAAAUGCUACUGAAUUACAAUGCUGCUCAGAAUAUUAUAGAAAUGUAGAGAAUACACCGAAGGAGUGUGCGAAUAUCGAUGUAUCGCCAGAAGAUCCAUAUUAUUCUGAAGUGGGCAUUACAUGUAUUCCAGUUGUUAGAACAUCUACUAAUCGAGAUGCUCAUUGUCAAGAAAAUUUGGAAUAUGCUGAACAAAUAACAUCAGUAACAGCUAGUUUGGAUUUGUCGAUUGUUUAUGGUAGUACCAAUAAAAUCCAUCAAACUCUACGGGCAUUUAAAAAUGGAUUACUCCUAACAGAAACAAGGAAUGGCCAGGAAUGGCCUCCAAGCGCCCAUCGUAGUGGCUGUCCACUAUUAUUAAAGCAUGAGAAUACCUGUUAUCGUUCAGGGGAUCCUCGGACCAAUCAAAAUCCUCAUCUAACAGCCACCACCAUUCUCUGGAUAAGGGAACACAACAGAAUAGCUACAGGACUUUGUACACUAAAUCCUAUGUGGGAUGACGAAAAAAUUUUUCAGACAGCUCGAGCCAUCAAUAUAGCACAAUGGCAGCACAUUACCUAUUAUGAGUUAUUACCGGUGUACGCUGGAUACCAAGCUCUGGUGCAGCAUGAAAUAAUAUAUGAUAUUAAAACAUAUUUUAACCAAUAUGUAGACGAUUACGAUGAAAAUGUGAGACCACAUAUAUAUAACGAGUUCGCUCAUGGAACUCUUAGACAAUUUCAUUCGCUCAUUGCUGGUAAAAUGGGCUUAUUUAAUGAAAAGGGUUGCCAAUAUGAUUCUCUUAUAUUAAGGGAUCACUUAGAUAGACCUGUUGCAUUGGAAAAAGCUAACGUGUUUGACGGAUUAGUCAGGGGGAUGGCUUUACAAGCUAGCAUGCCUUCAGAUAUUUACUAUGACUCUGAUUUUACGAGGCGUAUGUUUCUGCGUUUCCUAUUAUUUGGACAAGAUACAAAAAGUAUAGAUAUUCAAAGAUCCAGAGACCACGGAUUGCCUACUUAUAAUGAUAUGAGAGUAGAAUGUGGUUUAAAAAGGGCUACAAAGUUUGAAGAUUUUCUUGAUGUUAUGACAGAAGAGAGACUUGCAGAACUAAAACUCUUUUACAAAUGUGUUGAUGAAGUCGAGUUCAUUUUAGGACUGGCAGCUGAAACUAAUGUGGAGGGAACCCUAGCAGGACCAACCGCCCUUUGUGUAAUGUACAGACAGUUCAAAGCUGUCAGACAAGCGGACCGUUUCUGGUAUGAAAACGAGUCUGCUGGAUUUACUUUACCACAACUACGUCAAAUAAGGAAAUCCAAUGUAGCAAGAAUUUUAUGUGAUAAUACAAAAGAUAUUAUACAAAUACAACCGAAGGCAUUUUUAGAGCCAUCAAUUGGAAAUCUACGCAUUCUUUGCGCCUUCAUAGCCGGACCUAAUCUAAAUAGUUGGAAGGAAUGAUGAGGCAUUUGCAUAUAUUUUUAUGUGAACAAUUAAGGAAUAAAUAUUUAUUGUUUUUGA